UUUUGCUCCUCACGUGCAGCGUGCAGGAACGUGCGUGCGCCAUACAUGCAAAGAAGAAGAAGAAGAAGAAACUCGAAACCAUCGUCACGUGGUGAGCUAGAACUGUGAAACGUGCAAAAAGUUCUUGUUUUUAAUGUAAGAUUAUAUUUAAUUUGUUAUACACUAGUAAUUUUUUGAGGUUUAUUUGCUAGCUCGUUAUUUUAUUCAUAUAAGUAAAAAUACAGGCUUAUUAUAAUCAUGAAGAUAAAGAAAGUAAAUGAAAAACCUCGUAAGUCUGUAAAAGGAAAAAAAACAACAAAUAUUAAAAAACAAAAAAAACAUUUGAGUAAAGUAACUACUGCAGAAUUUUUUGAACAGAAUUUUGAAGAUAAUACAGAUGAUAGUGAAAAUGAGAUAAUUAAGAAACCAAACAAUGCGUCUAUACGUAAUGAUAAAAAUAUAGGUAAUAAAAACAGCAAGCAGGAUGAUAGUGAAUCUAAUUCAGAUAGCGAUGAAGGCAAUUUGGAUCCUGUGGAGCAUAAAAAAGUAUUAAUGAAAUUGAAAGAUCUUGAUCCUGAAUUUUAUGAGUAUCUUCAAGAAAAUGACCAAAAUCUCUUGGACUUCAACAUAUCUGAUGAUGAAGAAGAUGAUGAUGAUCAAAAUAAUGACAGACAUAUUCCAAAUGAAAAUUUGGAGAUUGCUAGUGACGAUAGCGACUUUGACGGAGAAACUGAAAAUGUGUCUAAAAAGAAAGUCACAUUGCAAUUACUGAAAACUUGGCAAGAACAAUUACAAACACAUAAAUCAUCUACUGUUAUUAAGUGUGCUGUGGAUGCUUUUCACGCAGCGUUAAACAGCGUUCAAGUAUUACCGGCAGAUAAAAAUGAUACAGUACCUGAUGAAUAUGUAGUAGAAGGAAGUAAAGUAUUUAAUGGUGUGAUACAACUCUGCGUUACAUAUUUACCCACCGCAUUUAAAGACUACUUAAAGUGUGACCCAAAAAUUGACGAAAUACACAAAUCCAAGAGAUUUAGAAAAAUACGAGGAAUUUUAAAAUCAUAUCUGGCAGAUUUAAUUAAACUAUUGCAAUGUGUCGGAUCGCCCAGCAGUCAAGUGAUACUUCUCAAGCAUCUUCGUGAAAUGAUGCCUUAUGCGCAAGCAUUUUCAUCUUUAACAAAACCACUGCUGAAGAUUCUUUUACAGUUGUGGGCCGUAACCGAUGAUGACGCUGUACGCGUCACAGCUUUUUUAAAUACGUUCUAUAUCGCUUCCCGGCGUAAGGAACUCGAGAAGUUGUUAAAGAUUAUGUAUAUAAAAUACGUGCAAAAUGCCAAGUUUGUGUCACCAAAUUCUUUGCCGGGCAUUAACUUUAUGAUGCAUUCCUUGGUCGAGAUUUAUCUGAUCGAUCCUAAUCUUUCGUAUAGCUACGCCUUUGUUUUUAUACGACAAUUAGCAAUACAUUUGAGAAACGCCAUAACACUGAAGAAAAAGGAAAACUUUCAAACUGUAUACAAUUGGCAGUACAUAAAUUCUUUACGCUUUUGGAUGAAUCUGCUGAUAAAAUCAAAAGAAAACUCGAUGUUACGAUCUCUGGUAUAUCCGUUAGUUCAGAUUAUUACUGGAACCAUAAAAUUGAUUCCAACCGCGCAGUACUACCCCUUGCGAUUCCAUUGCGUGGAAAUGUUAAUAAACAUUUCCAAAGAAAUAGGAAGUUUUAUACCUAUUUUGCCUUUUCUGCUCGAGGUACUGAAUUCGUACGACUUCAACAAGAAACACAAAACGGUCUCGAUGCGACCUCUACUAUUUAUGUAUACGUUAAGGGCGUCGAAAUCGCAACUUGUGGAAAAUGGAUUUAAAAACAGUGUUUUUGAGACCAUUCACAAACUUUUGUUCGAGUACGCUGCGAAUGAAAGUCAUCAUAUAUAUUUCCCAGAUUUAUUUAUCUUUUGCACAAUACAGGUGAGAGUUUUUCUGAAGAAAUGCAAGAUAGCCACUUUUUGCAACGAGAUGAAAAAACUACUCCGCAUGAUCGAAGAAAAUAGGAAAUACAUCGAAACGGAGCGUUCCAGAACGGUGAUGAGUUUGAAGGAUACGGCAGAGAUUGCAAAUUGGGAGAAUAGGAUAAAAACGGACGGUACGAAACUCGCCAAAUCUUACGCUUCGUGGAUCAAGAUUUACGAGUCGCAGAAACUUAAACAUCUUGCGAAGAAGAGCGAAGAAGAGAUCGUAGUGCCCGCAGUACGAAAAUCGAAGAAACACAAGCUUGAGGAAAAUGCGGAGGAUAGCGACAGCGAGAGCGAGUUUGAACUUCGGAUAAAAGGCAGUGAAGAAGAAAUAGAAGAAUCAUCACAUAAUAUUACGAAAAAGAAGAAGAUUAAAAAGAAAAAGAAGUUAGCCAACAACGCUAAGGAUGAAGAACUACCAAGAGAAAAUACAGAUAUUGUUCAAGAUAUAGAUAUUAAUGAUUGGGAUUGAAAAUGAAAUUUGAUAUGGAUGUAUAUAAAAGACGUAAUGUACACGUGUGAUCAUAAAAAUUUGUAAUACUAAGCUAAUGUUUCUAAUGUUUCUUUCUGCAAUGCUCUUUAACUUAAGGAGUUAGUUUCGUUCUGUUAAAUUCACGUGAAAAAUUCACUUCAAGUGUU